CGCCACACCCACAACUACCACACAUUACACACGUUCUGGACCAAGAGCAUGUCGUCGCGACGGAGCUCGAACGCGUCGGGCAAGUCGGGCAAGUCGGGCAGGUCGGGCUUGCUCUCGCCGUCGGUAGUGGGCGGAGCAAGCGGGAUGGGAUCGAGGAGUUCUUUCGGAGGAAGCCAGUCGGCUGCAUCGUCGUUGGCGAUGGCUCUGACGGACGAUCAGCUGGCACAGUUUGAAGACGCGUUCUCACUCAUGGCCGACGCAAAGUCCAACGUCAUCACCCACGAUGGCUUGGCCUCGGUCUUUGACAUGCUCGGCCUCGGCGCCAAUGAUGACGACAUCGAGAACAUGCUCAACGAGGUGGAGCCGUCAGGCUCGCAGCAACUCUCUUUUGAUCAGUUCCUCACAAUCAUGUCCCGCUCGCUCGAGGACAAGAGCUCUGACGACAUCCUCUACGCCUCCUUCCAGGUCUUUGACGUCGACGACUCGGGCACCAUCAACCUCCAAGAGUUCCGUGGAGUGCUGGAGAUGCUCGGCCAGCAGCUGACCGAUGAAGAGUACAUCCAGAUCAUCCGUGGCGCUGACACCGAUGCCGACGGCACCAUCGACUUUGAAGAGUACAAGCAGAUGCUGAGUCAGGGCUGAUCCGUCUCCUCGAUCUCUCUCGCCCUCCUGUCCCCGCAUGUGAACUCCAGCUGUUGCUGUCCGGCAGCCUGGAAUCCAUCAGAUGGUUGAGUCUUUGCUCCCGUCCCAAGCGCCGCACUAGCUGUAUCCGCCAUGCCUGGUCCGCCGCCCAAUGAGUCCAUCUUCCUUCCCACGCCACCACCCUGCCACGCCACCACCCCGCCACGCCACCACCACGCC